CUCACACACACACACACACACACACACACAGCGUCGCCUUUUCGUGCAGGUGUUGGAUCGUGUAGUGGAUUCCGCACGAAGCUCACAAACUACCACACGGAUACCUCCUCCUCUGUGAUGGCUGGUGUCCGGCUCACCAGCGAGGUUGACGUUUUUUAGCUCCCGCUGUAAAAGGGAAAAAAGAGCGACGUGGCGCGAGCUUUCGGCCGAGGAGGAGACCCCCCACCGGCACCAUUAAUCCCGAACCGAGCCGCACCAUGGCCGCGUCUCUCAUCCGAACCUGCCGCAGUCUGGCUCUCUCGACGUGGCUGCUGUCGUUUUGUUUCGUGCACUUGCUGUGCCUGGACUUCACGGUGGCGGAGAAGGAGGAGUGGUACACCGCCUUCGUGAACAUCACCUACCUGGACCCCGUCACUUCGGAGGUCAAGACGGAGAAGACCGAGUGCGGUCGCUACGGCGAGCAGUCGCCCAAGAAAGAAGCCAGAGGUCUCGUGCUGGUGCCCUCGGGCCUGCAGGACAGGCAGGCGUGCGACCCGGGCGUCCGGUUCCCCCCGGUGCCGCCGAACGCCGCCUGGGUGGCGUUGGUGGCGGCGGGGAACUGUUCGUUCCGGGAGAAGAUCGGUAACGUGGCGCACUACAACGCCUCUGCGGUUGUCAUCUACAACGUCGGCUCCGGCGGCGCAAACGACACCAUAACGAUGCCCCAUCCAGGUACAGGCGACGUUGUGGCCGUCAUGAUCCCGGAGCCUAAAGGCCGGGAGAUUGCAGCCCUGCUGGAGCAGAAAAUCCUGGUCACGCUGUACAUCUCCGUGGGGACCCGCAACCUGCAGAAAUAUGUGAGCAGGACGUCGGUGGUGUUUGUCUCCAUCUCCUUCAUCGUCCUCAUGAUCAUCUCCCUGGCCUGGCUCGUCUUCUACUACAUCCAGAGGUUCCGCUACGCCAACGCGCGAGACCGCAACCAGAGACGUUUGGGAGACGCCGCCAAAAAGGCCAUCAGUAAGCUGCAAGUCCGCACCAUUAGGAAAGGAGACAAGGAGACCGAGUCAGACUUUGACAACUGUGCCGUUUGCAUUGAAGGUUAUAAGCCGAACGACGUGGUGAGGAUUUUACCAUGCAGGCACGUCUUCCAUAAGCACUGUGUCGACCCGUGGCUACAAGACCACCGGACGUGUCCCAUGUGUAAAAUGAACAUCCUCAAGGCCUUGGGGAUCCCGCUCAACGCGGAUUGUUUAGAUGACGUUCCUCCAGACUACGGGAUGUCCGGCGGCGGUGAAUACACCAACCCCAUCAGCGGCGCCAGCGAAAUGACGGUCAACGAAAGCUCCGUGGUUCUGGAUCCGGCCGGGAGAGCGACCGACCCGCAGCAGCUCCGUCCCGAUGAAGACACAGAACCUCGGGCGGCAGAAAGCCAAAUCAUCGCCGGCUGUGGGCACCAGCCUCCACCCGGCAGUGACUCCGACACCUCUGUCAUCCUGGGCGUGGAGGUGGACAUGCCUGAACUAGACCUUUCCAUGGAGCCAGAAUUGUACCGGGCCAAAUCCUGAGCCAAUGAAAGUUGAGAUAAAAAGAAUGAAUCACCAAGAGGAGGACAACAAAAGCAUGACAGAGUAACCGGGGCCCCCCCAAAGAGAUUCCCCACGUCUUUUAUCCCGUGGCGGAGGCGACUUCACAGAAGGGCAAAUACAAUACAAUACAAUACAGUGGUCCAACCCCCCCGAAAAGAAAAAAACUAUCUGUCCCUGCAUCUGUGGAUGUGGUUCUUGUUCAUUUCCUAGCAGUCAUACCUCACAUUUUUGUGGGUUUGAGUGAUAUGCUGACAAGACCACAGGCUCUCACGUUGGUGGCCAAGUUUGUGUAACACGUCGUCUCUUCAUACAGAUGAGGGUUCAUGAUGCAAUAUGCAGAGCGUUAAUAUAGCAAAGUAAAGAUAUAGUGGAGUAAACGUCUGCCUGAGAAGAGAGCGAUCCAAAGUCCUCUGCCCCGUGCUGACAUUUCCAGUCCAGUCGCAUGUGUAUUUUAGUGCAUGUGAGUUUGCCCCCCCCCCCCACCUGUGCACUGUCCCCACAGAGUGGUCACAGCUGAUCACGCCCUCCUCACCAGCACCGAUGGCCCUGUCAGCACUGUUCUUCGCACUGUUAGCUGCCAGCCAAAAGCUCAGCCAUUGCCACGUUGAGAGUCUCGCAGGUGGAAUGAGGCCCAAUGUUUGAAAAAGAUAAUGUUUCUAAAACGGUGGCUCGACACAAUUUAAGCACAGAAGCAGCAGAGUGUCGUUAAGGUCAGAUUGUAGCUUUAAUUUUGUUUUUUUCCCCCUCGAAAACUUGAAGCACAGGUCUUUAAAGGUCCAUGUGGUCACGUGACACUCAAAGAGUCGAAAUGUGUAUGCACACGUUAUGCUGUAAUCUCUUUUAUAUUUAUAAAUGUAACGGUUUCUCCAAUUUUGAAAGACCUUCAUUAAUAACCUACAUUUUACCCACUGAAUAUUCCGGUUGCUGAGAUAACGACACCAAAAAGCAGGUAGAUAUUUCUGCCCUUGACAAUCAUCGCUUUCCACGGGCAACGUCACCGGCUGCCCCCGCUGAGACUGCUGCGGCUUCACGUCACAGUGAUCCGCCGGGGUCCGUGUGCACAAACCUCCGACAUCCAUCAGAGCAAUGGUCGAAAUAUUCAAACCGGUCUUUGUGCCCGGGGCGAUCAGUCGUAGAUGUUUAAACGCUGUUGUCGUUUCAUGCACACGUGAGUGUUAAACAGAAUGGCCCCGAAAUGAACAUGAACACCGGCUGGAUGUCGAUAUCGACAAAAUGAAAAAUUAGAUCCUUUUGGAUGCCCAGUCAGUAACACCUUCAUUUAAGGUGUUAAAUGCUAUUACAAACAUUUAUUUACAAGGCAGAAAAAAAAGUGGACUGGUGGAUAAGUUUAGUUUUGUAAUUGAUCCCCACUGAGUCGGCUCAUUUGGGAAACCCACAUGCAUGCAGACCUUGAUAAUAUCUCAGUACAAAAGCACCUGAGCAACUGAGAAAUGACAGGAUAAACACCAGCUUAGUGGAGGCAAGGUGCCAAACCAACGAAAUAAAGGUGUGUUUUUAUAUGUAGCUCGUACUCUCGUACGCACGUCUGUGGCGAUGCUGACUGUUCAUUCACGUGGAUCGUCUUUAACGAUUUUUGGUAGAAUCCAUUCAUUUUUUUUUCCUUUUUUAUUGUUUCGCCGUUGCCCUGCCAAUCCCCUCCUCAUUACUUUUCCACUAAUGUCAAAUUGAAGAAGAUCCAUGGAAUUUACUGGAUGAUUUGUUAUGUUUUUAUCUCACACUCCUGUCAACUUACACACUGAAGAAGCACACACCAAGUCGACCGAGCCAGUGGAAUUUAACUGGCUGGUUUUGUCUUCCCGUCAUGGUUUCCAUUAUAUGCUGCCGUCAGGCACUCCACCAAGGACUCUGUUACGUAACACACACACACACACACACACGUCCACGAUCCUCUGUUUGGGUUUGUUGUUGAAGGAUUAUUGAAUGUACCAGCAAAUAUAUGAUUGUUUUAUGAAAGCGUUUGAAGCAUUUCAUUAGAAUGUAUCUUCUUGUCCGUAGCCGCUUUAUACCGGAAACACUACUUUCUAGACCACAUUAAGAAAUAAGAAUAUGUAGUUUAACCAUGAAAUACUGCCUGUGGUGGGACGCAUUCACAAAUGUACAUUUUCAUUCAUUAUCUAUUGGACAAGGCUGUCUGUUAGUUUAAAUAUCAGGUGUAGGUCCAGCUAUGCAUCACCUGCAUUGUGGACAUGAAGGUGGAGGAUGUUUGUGAUUCUGGCCAACAGGUGAGGCCUAAUGAGACCUAAUGAGACCUAAUGAGGCCGCACAACACAUAAGAUCAUCAACUUCUGAUGCUCUCCUUGUCUUUAUGUCAACACUUGGAAUUUCUUCUGUCCUCUUGUCUCACACACACACACACACACACACAUAACAAACACUGUCUCCAGCUUCCCUUUUGUUUGGUCGGCAUGGCGACAAGAUACAGCAAGUGACAUUCGUUUUUUUUCUGGCUGCACAGCCCGACAGGCAGUUUAUCUGAAGCUAAACCAUCUUUUCUUACAGAAAAAACUGAAAGUACAAAGAUAUAGAGGUGGUGUUCUCUCAGUUGUGUGUGUUUACAGUGUGUCAAUGACAACUCUGGUAGGAAAAAAUAGUGGGAAGAAAUUUUAAGAUCCAGAAGAACUUGGUGUACAACAUUGAGUAGCAUGGAUUAUUUCACGUGUGCGCAAUUUCCUAAUAAUUGGGAGUCAAUCAAAGCUAUCCUAUAUUUCAAUUUGUUCUCUGGCCCCAUUUGUUUUCCUCCGUUUGUGUAAAUGUUCCUAUAUUUCAGUUCAUCCUUCCACAGAAUGAGGAGACUCGAGGAAGUCUGUUUUUAAUGUUCAGCUUUUGAGAAAUGGGAACAGUAUUGAAUACAGCACACGACUCAGUUUUUUUCCUAUUGUAUACGAUCGUGAUCUUAUAUCUGUACUAUUGUGCGUAUAUGUGGGGGAGUAUCAAAAUAUUGUAAACUAUAUCCAGCAGAAAUAAUGGCAUUGCUAUUUUGUAAUAUAAAAUAAUUGUAAGUAUGA